CUCUGACAUGUAGUGCAUGUGAGGCUGGGUUUUGAAAUACUAGUUGUAUAUUCACUCAUCGAGAGCUGCGCAUGCAGAGUUCUACAUCCAAUGAGCUUCCUUGGACUUUUACUUUCCAACUGUAGAUGAACUUUAUUGACAUAGCUAGAAUAUAUUAUAAAUUCAAAGUUUGAAUAUCUUAUUAGUAUUAAGUAUAGAAAGCCAAGAUGACUACAGCACAAGCUCUGACCUUCCACGUAUCUUUUAUUGUCUUUGUAUCAAGUUUCGCCUCUGCUUCCAGAGGUUUAGAAAGAAUUUCUGCUGUUGUUGGUCCCUCCAAUUCUUCUGGCUUUGGACUUACAAGAAUACGAGAACUGUCGGAGCAAGUAACCGAAGCUGGCCAUUACGCUUUCGAUAUAGUCGUCUUGGAUGAAAACACGAGUCCAAGUAUGCAAGAUGAUUCUCCACUCAAUGGUAGAAGCCGAAUUGUUACUGUUCAAGAUGAAAAUCAGAUCAUAAAAUGGCUAUCCAGGAAUAAACCAGAGAUGAUACUUUGUUUUUCACAAGAUGUUGGGUUGCCCUAUCAUAUUGUCACAGCCAGGAGAAAAGGAAAGCUUUUUUCAGAUGUAAAGAUAUUAUCAGUUUUGGAAGAUGUUAUGAACUUUCAGCAAAAGGAUGAAGGAAGCAUGAAUAAAAUAGCAAAUGUCCUUCUGCUCUCUGACCUCAUAGUGUUUACCACUGCCAGGGACCAGACGUUCCUCGAAAAUGAGCUACAUAACCACAAGCUCGACGUUCAUAACGGAAGAUUACUCAAAAAAGUUCAAUCUGCAGUUGUUUUGCAGCAUUCGUCCUUAAUAAAAGAACUCGUCGUGGCAUCAAAACAAAUACGUGCUAUUGGAGUAGGUACAGACUGGAUCAAACAUGAACGCAUCAGGAGAAAUAUCCAAAUCCAAAAUGAACCUGUAAACUCAAAUGUCAGCACAACCGUUUCUCCAACAAAUGCGACCCAGCCACCAACCUCAAGUGUCAGCACAACCGUUUCUCCAACGACAAAUGCGACCCAGCCACCAACCUCAAGUGUCAGCACAACCGUUUCUCCAACGACAAAUGCGACCCAGCCACCAACCUCAAGUGUCAGCACAACCGUUUUUCCAGCAAAUGCGACCCAGCCACCAACCUCAAAUGUUAGUACAACUAUUUCUCCAACAAAUACGACCCAGCAACCAACCUUGAAUGUCAGCACAACCGUUUCUCCAACAAAUACGACCCAGCAACCAACCUUGAAUGUCAGCACAACCGUUUCUCCAACAAAUACGACCCAGCCACCAACCUCAAAUGUCAGCACAACCGUUUCUCCAACAAACGCGACCCAGCCACCAACCUCAAAUAUUAGUACAACCAUUUCUCCAACAAAUACGACCCAGCCACCAACCUCAAAUGUCAGCACAACCGUUUCUCCAACAAACGCGACCCAGCCAACAACCUCAAAUGUCAGCACAACCGUUUCUCCAACAAAUUCGACCCAGCCACCAACCUCAAUUGUCAGCACAACCGUUUCUCCAACAAAUGCGACCCAGCCACCGACCUCAAAUGUCAGUACAACCGUUUCUCCAACAAAUGCGACCCAGCCACCAACUACAAAUGUCAGCACAACCAUUUCUACAAGUGUGACUUCGCCUAGACCAACCACAAGCUCAACAACAGCCUUCCCAUUUUCGAAAGAUGACGAACGUUACAUAAUAACGUUGGAAGGAAACUGCAAUGAGGUACUUCGUUAUAAUUCCAGAAAAAUUAAAUUUAAAAAGAAGUUCAAGAACGUAAUCGCAGGUAUCAUUAAUAUACCAGUUAGGGACAUACAUAUCGAGGAACUCAAAUGUGGCUCUAUAAAGGUCACAUUUGUCGUGAAGAAUGCGACAAACAUUAAUGCAACUAAAAUCCUAGAAAAAGCUGCUUCGGACGGAAAAAUUGUAGUGCCUUUUGACGGAAAGAACUACACAUCUUCUGGGUUGGUCGUAAUUCCUGUACCAACGUCAUCACCACCAAAAACCACCCCCACCCCUUCCAAAAAGUUUGCUCUUUACCUUUAUAUUGCCUUUGGGUCAGUUAUGGGACUGGUAUUUCUGAUUGGCUUAAUCGUGUUGAUCGUUCGCUGUAGAAGAGACAGAACCAGUGGUACCUUCAUUUUGGGUAAUGAUACGGACGUAGAGCUGAAGCGAUUCAGGGGAAUUCCUCGAGCGUCGUAUUAUCGAGUAGAAAUGUACGGAGAACCUGUGGAAGUGGACGCAGCUCGCCCUGGAGUAUGUGAUGAUGAAUAUGAUGGGGAUAUAGUUCCUUACGCACAGACCACCUUUAAUUCUAACUCGGCGGGACACUCCUCGUCUAACAACAACCCCAACAAAGACGAGUUCACAAUGGGUAACCUACCCGAAUGGAAUGUACCGAAGCUGAAGACGUCAGACAUAGUGGUGAGGUCCUCGGGUGCUGAACAAGACGAAGAUGAUGAAGAACAUGGAGGGAAUCACAAUGACGAAGCUUUGCACGCCUACGAUAACCCAGUAAUGACGUUUGGAGAUCUGUCGAACAAUUCUUCUGAAUAGUCAAGAAAAUGCAGUAAAUAUGGUUUGUAAUUGUUAAUGACGUUUAUAGUGAAGAUGAAACUUUGAAUUACGAGAACUACUUGGUUCGUUAUCAUUGAGCUCAAGGACUUAAUUUUGACUAUAUAAAACAGUAAGUUGUAGCCGAGUUAUUUUAAAGUCCACGUUUUGUUAGUUAUCCUCUUUUCUUUAUAUGUUUGUGCUAAUUAACGUUUGGUACAUUUAUAAAACUCUAAAAUCAAAUACGAAUACGAUUGCAAAGUUAGGUUCUUCCAGCUUCUUUGAAGAAGCCGAUUGAUCCUGUGCUCUAUUAGGCUCUUCUUUCCGAGAAAACAAGUCCAGGGAUUGUUUUUGUGAGCGAAUUUUCGACUUGUUUCCAUCAAAGGAAUUUGAUUUGUGUUUCGCGCCAAAAAAUGCCGCCAAUGAUUUUGACUGAUUGAAAAAACCCGUCGGUAAAUUUGGCGCGAAGCAGAGAUAAAACUGGGUCCUCAGUUCAUGUCAGCUGGAUAGAGGAAUGUUUAUAGAACACAGGCUAUGUCUUCCAAGUCAUUUAAUUAGCACAAGUAUCGAGAAAACUGGGAAAGGAGAUUGGGUGCAGAAAAAUUUAUCAAGUAUUAUGCGUCAAAAUGCCUUACAGAGAAGAUAGAUAUUACUUUGCAUAUAAAACUGCUAAAUAUUUAUGAUUCUUUGAUAGCUGUUUAUACUAAAAUAUAUUCAAAGUAAAUAUAUUCCUAUUCAAAAUUAUAUUCUAUUUCUUAUGUUUUAGUUCAUAAGUUAUUAAGGUGUAUAAUAAUUUCUAAAUGUAAGAUUUAUUGCAUUUUGAAUUAUCACAUAAAUCCUUCUACCAAACUCCCCGCGUCACUAUUGCUUUUUUGGAGAACGAUGUGACACCAAUAAACAACAUCAAUAAUGCAACAAAAUGCAAUAAAUUGAGGUUUAACAUUAUAUGAUAUCAAGUAUCUAGUGUAAGAGUAUGAAACGUCGGACCACAGAGUCAACAUGAUAUCCUACGAUAAUAAUAAUUAUAAUUAAUCAUAUCAAGAGAGCAUAUUUAUUCUCUCUAGAUCAUAUACAGUCAAUGUCAUUAACGUUGUCCACCGAAAAAAGACAUUUACACGUUUACACAUUUAGACAUUUAGACAUUUACACAUUUAGACAAAGUGAGCCUGAACUUUAAAUGUAAAUUUCAACUCG